AUGGCUGAUAGAGGCCGUGGCAGAGGACGAGGACGUGGUGAUGGAGCCGCUCGCGGUGGUCCAAGCCGAGGAGGUGCCUUCCCGCCGGCCCGGGGAGGAGGUGACCGCGGCCGCGGUGGAUACCGUGGUGGCGGCGACCGUGGCAGAGGAGAUCGUGGUGGUGGGUACCGCGGAGGCGGAGAUCGGGGCAGAGGUGGCGGUGACCGAGGCGGCCGCGGCGGCGGACGGCCAGCUGCGCAAGUCUACACGCCGCCCACGGGAGGAGUCCCCGUCCCGGAUGCCCAGGUGAAGGCCGUCGAGGAUGCUCGUCAGAAGGCCCGCAAAUCACCUGAGUUCGCGAUGAGCUCGCUGAGCAUCGACGGCUCUAACGUGAUGCCAGCUCGACCUGGCUACGGCACCGAGGGCCAGCCCAUCACCGUCUACGCCAACUACGUCCAGCUGGUCCCCCCUUCCGACCUCACGCUGUACUCGUACUAUGUCGCUGAGAUCAAGCCUGACGUCGUUGGAAAGAAGCGUACACAGAUUAUCCGUCUUUUGAUCAGCGAGUCGCCAGAGCUGGCGGAAUACCGAGGCGACAUGGUCACCGACUUCAAGUCCACCCUGAUCUCCCGCAAGAAACUGGACUUCGAAGGAACUGAAAAGGUCAUUGAGGUCACGUACAAGGCUGAAGGGGAGGAUGAUCCCAAGGAGCGCGCCGCAAAGUACAAGGUCUCGGCCAAGUACACCAAGACGAUGACUGUUGGCGAUCUCAUGUCCUUCCUCACCUCUACAAACCCGGCAGUUCAAUACGACAGCAAGUUGGAGAUGAUCCAGGGUCUGAACAUCUUUCUCAAGCACUGGGCCAAGUCGAACAACAACCUGGCAACUAUUGGAGCCAGCAAGACCUUCUCCAUGAGCGGCAAUGCCGAUAAGCUCGAUCUCGGACGAGGCCUGACUGCUCUUCGUGGCUUCUUCACCAGCGUCCGGGCUGCUACCACCCGCGUUCUUGUCAACGUCAACGUCAGCCAUGGCGCAUUCUACAACGAGGGACAGCUGACGGCUUUGAUGACGGCAUACGGCUUACGUUAUGAUCCCAGCGGAUUGCGCUCCCUCGAAAAGUUCCUCAAGCGUGUUCGUGUGCGAACGACACACCUCAAGGAGAAGAAGAACAAGAAGGGAGAGGUCGUCCACCGUCCCAAGACCAUCUUCGGGCUGGCUAAGAAAUCUGACGGCCAGGGACCCAAUCGGCCCAGGGUCAGUGAGUUCGGCGCUGGACCGAAGCACGUUGAGUUCUGGCUCGAAGAUAGAUCCACGGCAGCAACAGCUUCAUCCUCCACCCCAGGUGCCGAGCCAGCCCAAGCCGCAUCCAAGAAGAAGGGCAAGGGCAAAGGUGCGAAAGGCAAAGCGGAAGCACCUGCCACAGCCGGGCCGCAGCCUGCGUCUGCCGGCACUGGCCGUUAUAUCAGCGUCUAUGACCAUUUCAAGAACACCUACAACAUCACAUGUGGAGAUGACUAUCCCGUUGUCAAUGUCGGCACGGACAAGAAUCCCUCCUACUUGCCCGCCGAAGUUUGCGUUGUGCUGCCUGGCCAGAGCGCCAUGGCAAAGCUCAGCGGCGACCAAACCAGAAACAUGAUCCGAUUUGCUGUGCGCGGGCCCUGGCUCAACGCACAGUCCAUCGUUAAUGAUGGCAUCCUCACAGGUGGUCUGUCAACCGAGUCUAAUCCUCUCUUGGCACAAUUCGGCAUCAACGCGGGCCGAAAUUUGAUUACCGUCCCGGCUCGCGUGCUGCAAGAGCCCAAGGUGUUCUACAAGAACAACAAGCCUGUCAAUGUCGCUUUCGGCAGCUGGAACAUGGAGAACGUCAUGUUCAAUAAGCCGGGCAACCUGAAAACGUGGUCCUGGCUCGCUAUCCGAGACGGGAGGCGGUCUUACUAUGAGAGGAAAGACCUCGAGGCUACCGUCGGCAGAUUCUCUGCCUCACUGAGCAAGAACGGAGUGACGGUCCUACAAGCAGCGCUCCCUGGUCAGGAAAUUCCCUUGAAGUCGUCCAGCGACCCGGAGUUGGAUAAGUUGUUCGAAAGGGCGUCGAACAAGCUGGAUCUUCUCCUCGUCAUCCUCCCUGGCAGGGACAAGAGCGACAACACGGAGCUGUAUAGCUAUGUCAAAACCCUUGGCGACACAAAGUAUGGCAUCCAUACCAUUUGUGUCGUGGGAUCAAAGUUCACUGGUGGAAGAGGAGAAGACCAGUACUUUGCCAACGUUGCCCUCAAGUUCAACCUUAAGCUUGGGGGCAACAACCAGAUGGUCGAUCCAUCGCGUCUGUCAUUCCUCAACGAGGAUAAGACCAUGGUUUUGGGCAUUGACGUGACCCAUCCGUCUCCUGGCUCGUCAUCACACGCACCGUCUGUCGGCGGUUUGGUGGCGUCUAUAGACAAGCACUUUGGUCAAUGGCCUGGCAUCCUCAGCAUCCAAAGCGAGGCACGCCAGGAGAUGGUGUCCGACCUCACUCCUAUGCUUAAAACUGCCCUUAAUAACUGGACGACGCUGGGAAGACACGCGAACCUGCCGGAGAACAUCAUCGAUUACCGCGAUGGCGUGUCGGAGGGCCAGUACCAGACCGUCUACGACGAAGAGAUCCCGCGCAUGCGCAAGGCCUGCGCAGAGAUAUACCCGGCCGACUGGACUAAGAAGGGUCUUCCGCGGCUGACCGUCAUCAUCGUCGGCAAGCGCCACCACACGCGCUUCUACCCAAGCCAGACCAAGGACAUGGACCGCGGCGGCAACUGCAAGCCCGGCACGAUCAUCGACCGCGGCGUCACGGAGGAGGGCAUCUGGGAUUUCUACCUGCAGUCGCACGCGGUGAUCCAGGGCACGGGACGGCCGGCGCACUACGUCGUGGUGCUGGACGAGAUCUUCCGGGACCGGGCCAAGAAGCUCAAGUCCCCCCGGCCGCAGGACUCGGCGGCCAACGAGCUCGAGCGGAUCACUCAGGCCCUGUGCUACUCGUACUCGCGCGCCACAAAGGCCGUCAGCAUCUGCACGCCCGCGUACCACGCCGACAUCCUGUGCGAGCGCGCGCGGCGGUACAUGGCGGACCUGUUCGAGGGAAGCUCCGACGACGCGAGCAGCGCCGCGGGGGCCAGCAGCGCUGUCGCUGCGACUGUGAAGAUUCAUCCGAAAUUGGAGAAGUCGAUGUUCUACAUUUGA